AUGUCUUCUGAUAAUUCAACUGCGACAAAGGAAAAAGAGCCUGAAAAAGGACUCUUUCGAUACUGGAAACCAUCUACGACAAGCCAGCCUCCUCCAGAUGGCGGGAUAACAGCAUGGCUUCAAGUCCUUGGCUCUUUUCUUAUCAACCUCAACAACUUCGGUCUAGCCAAUAGCUUCGGUGUUUUCCAAACAUAUGACGAAACGACUAUUCUUCGGCAACACUCUUCGUCUGCGAUAUCAUGUAUCGGUACACUUCAAGUCUCCUUGAUCCUCAUCAUCGGUGUCAUCUCAGGUCCGCUCUUCGACCAAGGAUACUUCUAUCCCAUCCUCGUCGCGUCGAGUCUCAUGCUCACCUUUUCACUGAUGAUGCUUAGCUUGUCGACGCAAUAUUAUCAGGUUAUGCUGACUUGGGGUUUCACGACGCGCCGCGUUCUGGCGCUUGGUUGUGCGACAGCAGGAGGUUCUUUCGGUGGCAUCAUUUAUCCCAUUGUUGUCCGUAGGUUGUUGGACAAUGGCGGCUUCGGCUGGGCCUGUCGAGCCAUCGGCUUCAUUGCCCUCUUCACCUUGACCCUCGCUGCGAUCUUGAUCAAGCCAAGUGUCCAAGCUAUCAAGAAACCGACGCGACAACUCUUCGACAAGUCGAUCAUCAAGGAUAAAGCUUUUAGUACCUUCACAUUAGCAUCCUUCUUUCUGUGGUUGGGAUUCCUCGUGCCAUACAUUCUGACUCCCUCCUUCGGUCUACUGGGUCUCGACCAUCCAGUCUCCGAAGACCUUGCCUAUUACAUGUUAUCUGUUCUCAACGCCGCCCAAGCUUUAGGCCGGAUUAUACCGGCAGCGAUAGUGGACAAGAAGAUGUUGGGAGCAGAGUCUAUCCUCAUGUUCAAUAUCGUGGUAUCCGGUAUGCUUGCAUUGUGUUGGAUCGCGGUGCACAACCUGGGCGGCUUCACUAUCUUCCUCAUCCUCUACGGCUUCUUCUCUGGAGCAGUCACAACCUUGCCAGCCUUCAUCAUCCCAUAUCUAUGUCCCUCACUAGCUGUCAUCGGUACUCGAAUGGGAAUUGUUUAUGGUGCGGCUGGCUUUGGAGCACUGAUCGCGCCUCCGAUUGCGCUGGCAGCUGAUGAGGCCUAUGGUGGCCAGCGCAACCGUGCAUUUCUUGGUGCGCAGAUAUGGAACGGGUUGAUCAUCCUAUUCGCUUCUUGUCUUUCGGUAUACCCACUUUGGGAAGCUAGGAAACGACGGCAUCUGAAGGAGAUGGCGGAUGCUAAGGCAAAACAGGAGAGCAACAGUGCUUAA